AUGUUACCAUGCGUGAUAAUUUCCUUUCUAUAUCUUUUCUAUUUAACUUAUAUAUUUAAAGUUGUGAUUAUAUAUUGUGAUUCAUCAUUUAAUAGAAAAAAUAUAAAAGGACAUACAUUUGAUAGUUCUUCUGAAUAUAUACAUAUCUUAAGAGGGUCGCAACCCUUCUUUUCUAAGAAGAUAUUAAAUAAAAAAAUAUUAAAAACACCAGGAGAUAAAAGAGGGAAUUAUGAAAAAAAACAUAAUGCAGCACAAGAAACAAAGAAUGAUCAUCUGAAAAAAGAAAGAAAAGUUGUCCAGACAAUUAAGGGAAAGCAAGAUGGACAAGCAAUAAAUGAAAAGAGAGAUGGACAAGCAAUAAAUGAAAGGCAAGAUGGACAAAUAAUUAAUGAAAAGAAAGAUGGACAAAUAAUUAAUGAAAAGAAAGAUGGACAAAUAAUUAAUGAAAAGAAAGAUGGACAAAUAAUUAAUGAAAAGAAAGAUGGACAAAUAAUUAAUGAAAAGAAAGAUGGACAAACAACAAAUGAAAAUAAUGAUUCCAUUUCUAUAAUGUACGAAAGUAAAAACAACAUAGAAGAAAAUUCUAAGGAGAGCAUUUCGCUUACUCCUUACGGCCAAGAAAGUGUAGUUAAAAAAAAUGAAUUAAUUAAAGAAGAGGAAAAUAAUGAAGAAAAAACUGGAGCCAUAUACGUAGAUAUAUUGAAUAAUAAUAAUAAUAAUAAUGAAUAUGAGCACAAUAGUGUAAUUAUAAAUAAUGAACAACAACAUGAAAAUGUAGUAGAUACCGAGAAAUACAAUAACUACAACAGUGAUAAUAAUAAUGAUAAUAUAAAUGAUAAUCAUAAUAAUGAUAAUAUAAAUGAUAAUCAUAAUAAUGAUAAUAUAAAUGAUAAUUAUAAUAAUGAUAAUCAUGAUAAUAAUAAUAAUAAUAAUAAUAAUAAUAAUAAUAAUGAUAAUAUGAAUGAUAAUCAUAAUAAUAAUAAUGAUGAUAAUAAUAAUGAUGAUAAUAAUAAUGAUAAUAAUAAUAAUAUUAAUAAUAAUAUUAAUAAUAAUAAUAAUAAUAUUAAUAAUAAUAUUAAUAAUAAUAAUAAUAAUAAUAAUAAUAAUAAUGAUAAUAAUAAUAAUGAUAAUAAUAAUAAUAAUAACAAUAAUAAUAAUAAUAAUAACAAUAAUAAUAAUAAUAAUAAUAAUAAUAAUAAUAAUAAUAAUAAUAAUAAUGAUAAUAAUAACAAUAAUAAUGAUAAUAAUAAUAAUAAUAAUAAUGAUAAUAAUAACAAUAAUAAUGAUAAUAAUAACAAUAAUAAUGAUAAUAAUAAUAAUAAUAAUGAUAAUGUUGAUAAUAAUAACAAUAACAAUAAUAACAACAAUAAUGUUGAUAAUAAUCAAGAAAAUAAAGAAGAAAUAAUAAAUAAAAAGGAAACUUAUGCCCAAAAGGAUGAAAAAAUAGAUGAAUUAAAUAACGAUAAAACUGAAGAAGAAAAACACAUACCUACAGAAUCAGUAAAUAAUAUUAAAAAGGAAAGUGAUAUUAAUGAACAAAUAGAUGAUACAUCGAAUAAUGAUAAUAAUAGUGAUAAUAAGAAAGAUACAGAUGAAGGGAAACAAAAAGAAAAUGAUACUAACGUACAAGAAGAAUGUGUACAAGAAAAUGUAAUAAAUUAUGAUAAAGAACGUGAACAAAAAUAUGAGAUUGCCAUAAAUAAUUUAAUUAAGUACCAUAAGGAACUAACUGAUGACGAUGAUGAUGAUGAUGAAGAAGAAGAAGAAGAAGAAGAAGAAGAAAAUGAAAAUAAUGAAAUUAAUGGUGUAUAUCGUAAAAUUGAUGAAUCUAAUGAGAAUGAAAAAGAAAGAGAUUCAUAUAGUAAAAGAAAUUAUCCUAAUAUAUAUGUAAAAUAUAAGGAUGAUUUAGAAUUUUAUAAUGCUAAAUUAAAGGAAAAUGAUUUAGAUGAAUUUUAUGAUUAUAUAAUUGGUAGAAGAAAUUUAAUAAAUAUAACAUAUAAAAAUGAAUAUGCCUUAAAAUUGAAAUAUCAUAAAGGUUACACAACUUCGCUUUAUAAUUUAUAUGUUGUAAACGAAUUAAAAUUAAGUGAUAAUAUGUAUUCUAAUUUUACAUCUCCUUUAGAAGAAGACGAUAAUCCAACUCUUCAAGAAGCAUCAUAUUAUGCAGAUUUAAGUAAAAUAGAUAUUGAUCCUACAGUUUUUAAAGAAUAUUUUUUAAAAGUAAAUCAAUGUGAUGGUGAUUAUUUGCCACUCAAAAAUACUUUAGUAGAAAAGAUUUGUCAUUUAUCACAUCAUUUAAGAAAACAUCCGUAUGUUAAUAAAAUAAAGAUAACAAAUCAAAAAUCUAUGUUAUAUCGUAUAUUUUUAAAAGUUAUGAAAAGUUUUAAAAACUUAUCAGUACAACAAUGUAUUAGAAAUGUUGAUGAAUCAAAUUUACUCGAUAUCCUUUUUCUUUUUAAUGAAGAAAUUGUAAAAGAAUCUAAAAAAGAGUUAAAUUUAGGUAAAUGUGUAAAUAAUAUGAUUGCAAGAAAUAAGGAUUGGUAUAAUUUAAUCAAUUUGAUAACCCUUGCUUUAUUAGGUUGUGUCACUUAUUAUAAAGAACAUUAUUAUUUAAAUAAGGAGGAAGUUGAAGAAAUGAAAGCAACUAAAAAAGUAGUGGAUUUACCAAUAUUUGAUUUUUUUAAUGAAAAAGUAAUGGAUAUAUUUGUACCUGUAGAUUUAGAAACCAAAAUUGAUAUUGAUUUAGUAGAAGAUGUUACAAAACCUACCGAACGUCGACGAAAAAUUUUUCAAACAUGGUAUAUGGCAUAUUUAUUUAUUCAUAAAAUAUAUUUGAUAUCAAAAAUGUGGAAUAUAGUAAAAAAUUGGGAAGCAGCUGAUUUUGUUUCAAAUCCAUGGUAUGUGGAACAUAUUGGAAGUGCAUUAAUUCCGCAUAUUAUGAAUUUACAUAAAAUAGAAGAUGAUGAAUAUACUUUUUUUAGAUAUAUUGACCAAGUUCAAUUCUUUAUGUCACUUAAAAGAAGUAAAAAUUUCCCUAUAUCAAAUUAUGAUAAAAAAAAUUAUCACAUAGUUGAACAAAUAAUAACAUUUCAAGGUACAUCGUCACCAAGUAUUUGGUUAACAAAUCUAAUAUAUGAAUUAACACCAUAUCCUUUCUUAAGUAAAGGAAGAUUACAUAAAGGUUAUUUAUUUAUGUUUGAACAAACAGUUAAACCGUAUUUAGAUGGAUUGAAAAAAGUUUUAUUAAAUGAAUUAAAAAAUAAAUCAAAAUAUACAAGUGAAACUCCGUAUGCUAUAAUAUUUACCGGUCAUUCAUUUGGUGCUGCUUUGGCACAAAUUAGUUCCUUUUAUUUUUCCAAAAUUAUGGAUUUGAAAAAUAGAACAAAUUUAAAACUUUAUUCAAUAACUUUUGGAUUACCGACAUAUCAAGAUUCUACCUUUUAUGAAGAUUUCCGUAAUAGUGGCGUUAUUAUAAAUAACAUAAAUAUAAACCAUGAUCCUGUACGUGUAAUUAUGGCUGUUCCAGGAAUAAAUGAUUUUGUUAAUCAUGAUGAAGAAAGAAAAUUAAUGAUAAAUUUUGAAGUGGAACAAUUAAAAAAAUUAAAUUAUGAUUUUGGUAAAAGCGUCUUUAACGCAGUUGAAUUUUUUAAUGUAAAAAAUCAUCAGCGUUCUAUGUUAUAUGUUUUUGCCAAAUAUAUUUUUAACAAAAAUGUUUUCUUAGAGUUAGGAGAACUUCAUAUUCUUCAAACACACUAUUAUUUUUAUUAUGUCUUUUUAACUCUCUUGUCAGGAUGGGUUAAUGAAGCCGACUGGGGAACUUAUUUUAUGGUUCCUUUCUUCCUUUUUGAAAAUAUUGAUUUUUCACAUAAUGAAUUAAUGAAUAAAUGCAAAGAAUUCCAUAAAAAAUAUAAUGGAGAAAUGGUUAAGAAAUUACCGAAUAAUGAAAAUUGUGAUGAUAAUUAA